CAGAGUUGGAUAAUGACGGGCACUUGAGCAGACUUUUAAUUGCAAAUCCUACUUCAAUCCAAAUGAUACGUACGUGGCCGUAUGUUGUGCUGAUAGAUACAACGUACAAAACGAACAAACCGAAGUGGCCACUAUGUGAAGUGAUCGGAAUGACGCCAACAAAUCACAACUUCUUGGUUGCGUUUUGUUUGAUGCGAGAUGAGGCGGCUGUGUCGUACUCGUGGGUGCUGCAGGGAUUGAGAGAUAUUUUCGGCACUGCUCAGACUCCUAGCGUCAUUGUAACCGAUCGUGACGAAGGUUUAUCUGCAGCUAUUCGUGACGUCUUCCCAGAUGUACGUCAUUUGUUAUGCACCUGGCAUAUUGGCAACGAUGUUGAGAACAUGGUGGACAAGUUGUGCGGCGGCAAGAAAAAUCAACAAGGGCAGUUAUUCAGGAAAAGUAGAUGGAACCCCUUGGUUGAAAGUGCUACAAUCCGGGAAUAUGAAAAGAGAUGGGAAGGGAUCGUCAGUACGUGGUCGGUUAGGAACCGAAGGGUCGUUCGGUAUUUGACUGGAACAUGGAUUCCACUUAGAGAGAAAUUUGUGCGUGAAUCCAUGACUUCUGUACCAAGAACGCUACGACAGUAUUUCUUUAGACCUCUAUAUCGCCACGUGUCUCUCUAUGCCUUGGAGCAAAUCCAGAAUGAGUUUAACCGCAUGUUAGAAAUGGGUGAUUUUGUAUUGAACAAAUGCGAUGAUCCAGGAGGUCGUGAUUUCUCACAGUUUCCAUGGCCUGAUUACAUCCCAUUCAUGCUUCCUUCUUAUUUGUUCGACUGGAUUGAUGUAGCGCAAUACCUAACUUUGUAUCUAUCUCAGGAGUCACUAGACGAGUCAAUAUUCAGAGUAGGUUCACACACCGAUGGACCUGCUCCUUUCAUGCACUGGUUCGAUGCACCAAUGGCUUUCUACUCUGCAGCAACCUGUUUGAUUCUUCCGUUAAGAAAAGCAUAG